GGUUCCCGCUCCGGAGCGGAGCUCGCGUUAACGUGAAGCGAUUUCUUUCCGUUUUCAGGAUUCGCAGCGCUCACCGGAGGGUUUUAUCUCCUUCCUUUGGGGUUCUUUUGGAUGUGAAGGGCAUGGCCUUAUCAGUGAGGGCCAUUGGGGAUGUCCAGGAUGUGCUCUCAGCAAUGCAGAAGAACCUGGAGUGCCCCAUCUGCUUGGAUGUCCUAAGAGAGCCAGUUUCAACAAAAUGUGAUCACAUAUUCUGCAGGUUCUGCAUGUUCCAACUCUUCAGCAGAAAGAAAAAAGCUGUGAUACAGUGUCCUCUGUGCAAGACAGAAGUUACCAAGAGAAGCCUGAAAGGAAACUCCAUAUUUAAGCAGCUAGCUGAAGGAUUGUUGGAAGCUAUCCAUGCAUUUGAGCUUGACACUGGAGUAAAGAUUUUAAACAGUCAUUGUUUUUCUAAAACAUCUGGAGAAGUCAAUGCUGCUGAGUUCCUGUCUAAAGAGAGUUCUGUUAUCCAGAGUAAAGGCUUCAGACACAGGAAAAUAAAUGCUAAAGAAAAUGGACAAGAAAAUUGCACCCUGCAGGAAGCUAAUGUGGAUGCCCAGCUUACAGAUCCCAGGUUCAAAAAGUCCCCCCCAAGAAAAAAAGACCAGAAAUGUGACUCUGGAAAUGGGAUUUAUAUAGAGUUUGGUAAGAUCUGUUCUAGAUCCACACUAGUUGAGCUUAUGGGUAAUGCUUGGAAAGUAAUAAAAGGUGAUUUCUUAAUAAUUUGUGAUACCUCUAAAUCUUCAGGUGAAAGUGAUUCCUCCAAGGAAGCCUUGAGCCAGAAAAGCACCCCAAGCAUUGCUGAAUGUGCCCAACCUGGCCCCAUGGAUGUGACAGAACAUGAGAGUUCUCCUUCAAGUAUUCUUGCUGUGGAUCUACUCACAGAGCAGUGUGACAAAAGUGACAAAAGGAGCAAUGCCAGUCCCUUAGGGAACAGGGACAGAGAAGAAAUGGGAGCAAAACAAACUCAAUGCAACAGCAAAAGCAAAGAGUUUGAUGUAGAAGAGAGCUCAGAGAGCAGGUUGGAGAAAAGCAAGGAAAUGGGGAUUGUUGUGCAAAGUGUGGGAGCUGUGGAAACGGAGGAACCUGAGGAUGGUGCUUUCCAUGGAAAAGAACUUGCUGUGGGAAAACCUGAGGCAGAGCCACUGAACUAUGCUGAGCUGGAUGAAGUCUCCAGCAAGAGGCUGAAACGAAGCAUUCAGAAAGUCAAUGAGUGGUUUUCAAAAAGCAGUGAGAUUCUGUCUUCUGAUUCUUCCCAGGGUGAUUCUGCUGAAGCAAAUAAUGUUUCAGGUGGAGGAGAUGCAGACUCAUCAGGUAAAGGUUCCUGUAUUUCAGGAAAAACUGACCCUGUGGUAGAGUCCAUGGAAAUUGCAGGGAUUGGAGAAAAUAAGAGAUGUUCAAAGCAAACAGCAAGUAGUAUCAAAGACAAAAUAUUUGGGAAAACAUACAAGAGAGAGAGGAAGUCAAAUACCUCAGUUACCUUUAGAGAUAUUUUACCUACUACAAGAAAAGAAGAAGCAGCCACUCAUGUGAAGAGCUUGAAUUCCAGCAAACACAGAACAAAACGAGAAAGGAAAACUGCUCAUGUCCUGCAGCCUGAGGAUUUUAUUAAGAGAAAGGAUAUGGAACAGGCAGAUGGAUGCCCUCAAAGUGUUAACAGGUGCCUUGGAGCUGCUGAAAAGAAAAUAUGUGAAAAAAGUUGUGCUACAAAUGAGAGUCACCCCUCUGAGAAUAGAGAGGGUAAUACAGGAGCAGAGGUUAUGGAGGGGGAAGGAGCCACAGGGAAAAAAGCUACUGAAAAGGUGAGUGGCAAGCACUGUGAGGAGCUAGAGCUGAGCAGCUGUGAUCAGAAAAACACUAAAAAAAGUUCUGCAGCAAAAAGAUGCAGGCAUUCUACCAGAACCAGGUGUGCUCUCCAGCUGGUAGUGGAUCGGAACUCGGUUUCCCCUGCUGGAACUGAGCCACAGAUUGAAAGUUAUCCCAGCAGUGAAGAGCCAAGGAACUCUCAGGCUGAGCAGAAACAAGUCAGACGCAGCAGGAGGCUUCAGUUACUUUCUGAAGAAAUGACAAAAGAAAAAGGAAAACAAGUACUAAAUAAAAGAGCAAGAAAGUGUGACAGUGAUCGUGGAGCCCAAAGGGAGGUGUUGGUUCAUGCUUCUGAAUGCAAUGAGCUGUGUGAGCCCCAGGGCAGACUGAGUUCCAAGCCACUCACUAAUCUGACAGGUGGUGAUCUGGAAGCAAAUGAAAUACCAAUUAGUGUCAGGAACUCAGCUGACACUGCAGAAACUGGAAGAAGUCUCUUCAAUCCUGUAUCUUCAGGUCAGCAUUCAAACUGUAAUUCCUUUGCACCUGAGACAGGUUCUCAAGAAGGUGAAACCCUCAACAGUGCUUCCCUCUUGCAGUCUCCUCCAGUGCCUCCUGAGCAAACUACUUCCCACCCAGCUGAAGGAAGGCCUGAGUCAUGUAGGACUUUUCCCCAGGAUAGUGCACAUGAUACCCAAAAGGUUCCAGGGGGCUUCAGAACUGAAGAUGUGCCAGUGGCUAAAAAUGUUUUGGAACUGACCAAGGAAGCUGAAGAUAGUGAUGUAGACACACAGUUUCUGAGAAAUGUUUUUAGGCACUCCAAACGCCACUCAUUCAGCCUUUUUGCUGCUCCCAGGAAGGCAGGUCCAGCAGAAGGUGCUGAUCCUGAAGGUGCAAGGACAUCAUGUGCUGAUGAAAGGAAGCAUACAAAACAUCUCAUACCAGAAAGUUUGCAGGAAGAGGAAACAGCUGCUAAAAGGAGGGUUUGUGAGAAGCUUAAGACUCCUGAAUCUGCUUGUGUUAGCAAUAGUCAAUAUGAGCAGCCAGGAGAGCAUCAAGAGGAUGGUUCAGAGGUUGUAAAUCAAGGGAAUCUGACCCCAGUGAGUACUGCUGGGACUGAAGCCAGAAACAGAUCACAAAAAGGAGAGCAGGGAAAUGAAAAGACAGUGUCAACUAACAUAGAGCUGGCAAGUGAGUUGAGACAGAAUUCAAUCAGAGCUGAUAGAAUGCUCAGAGAUCAGAGUAAUACAGGAGAGCAGGUUUUCAAAAGAACAGAUUUAAACACAGCUGAAGAAAUAUGCUUCAGCUCAGAAAGCCCCCAAGCAGAAAAGACCAAAGUUGUUGACAGCAAAGGACCAAUACUGCCUUUUCAGUCCAGAUCAAUGAUUGCAACUUGUAAGGAAAGGCCUCCUGAAUUCAGCUGUGAAGUAACUGGAAAAAAAAGUAGCAAAAGAGGUCAGCAAGUGGAGGGUGAUGAAGAGCAAGCAACCCAAAGUGGCAGCACAGGGAUGCCUGAGUGUUUAGUUAGAGAGUCUCUAGAACCUCCUAAAGGGAAUGGUGAUUCUACAGGUUUGUCUGAGACCCCUGAUGGUUUAUUGUGCUCUGAUGAUGAUGAUAUAGAAGAGACCACCAACGUUUCUAGGAGAGAGAGAUCAGCUGUGUUUGCAAAAAGUGGCAAAGCCCUGGUGGAAGAAUUAGAGAACAGAAAUGUUGGUUCUAAGCCGAGGUCUCGAGGGGUUUGGAGAUCUCGAAGGGUGCAGAAACUGCCAUCUUCAGAUGAAGAAUCAAGUGAGGAUGAAGUUCUGCCAUGUUUCCAGGCACUAAUAUUUGGGAAAUCAGCAAGCACACCUUUGCAGAGCAAUAAAGUGACACCUGUGGCAGAGUCUUCAUCAGGUCCCACUACACUGUCCCACAGUGGAAGUCGUGUUGACAAGAAUAUGCAGAAAGUGCCUGAAGGUGCCCUAAGCAAUGGGUGUGUUUCACCAAGCCAGGAAUCAGAAUGCUCUGUCAAUUUAUUUUCUUCCCAGUCCAAUGUGUCUGAAGAAUCAGUUGAGGGAGCACAAGAGCUGAGGAAACCUUUUAUACAAGUUCCUGCAUCCAAACAAGUGAGCAAUGUGAAUGAGAGUAAAGAAUCUUUUCCAGGCUGUAAUGGGGAGCUGCAGAGAUGGAAAACUGACUUAACAGAUGAAUGCCAAGAAGACCCAAACUUGGGAGACAACUUAGGUGAAGCAUCUGGAUACGACAGUGAAACAAGUUAUGUAGAAGAUUCAUGUGAACCACUCUCUCAGGGUGAAAUCCUCACCACCCAGCAGAAGAAUGUGAUGCAAAAUAACCUAAAGAAACUGCAGCAAGAAAUGGCUGUACUUGAGGCAGUGCUAAAGCAGCAUGGAAGCCAAGACAAGAAAGAUGAAACUGUUCCAAGGAGUAAUUUCUCAUUUCCUUCAGAAAACACUGAGCAGAAAUCUAGGACAAGGCAAAACAGUGCAUUUGUCUUGUCAAAUCUCUCUGGAAAUGUGACCAGGAGUCCAGAUAAAUCAUCUUCCCCUGUGAGGCUUCUUCAACCUCAGACUGCAGAACCAACAGACAGUUCAGUUGUAACUCAGAAUGCUGAUAAAAACUCUACUCAAGAGUGUGAAUUGAAGAGAAAUCUCUGUGUUCCUGGCUCUGGUCUGCACAACACAGCUGGGAAAGAAAAUACUGCAAGUCCAGUUGUGACCAAGAGGAAAGAAAUGUCAAUUGUGGCAUCAGGUCUGAGUCAAAGUGAACGUCUGAUGGUCCAAAAGUUUGCAAGAAAAACUCAGAGCACUUUAUCUAAUCACAUUACUGAAGGAACAACCCAUGUCAUCAUUAAAACAGAUGAGGAGCUGGUGUGUGAGAGGACACUGAAAUACUUCCUGGGCAUUGCAGGAAGAAAGUGGGUAGUUAGUUAUCAGUGGGUAAUUCAGUCCUUUAAAGAAGGAAGGGUACUGGAUGAGGAGAAAUUUGAAGUGAGAGGAGAUGUCAUCAAUGGGAGAAACCACCAAGGUCCUAAGAAGUCUAGAGAGGCUCGGACUGAAAAGAUCUUUAAAGACUUUGAGAUCUGUUGCUAUGGACCCUUCACUGAUAUGACUACAGAACACCUUGAGUGGAUGGUGGAGCUUUGUGGUGCCUCUGUAGUGAAACAGCUUCAUCUGUUCCCACACAACAUGAAUUCUACUGCUGUGGUGGUUGUGCAACCUGAUGCUUGGAUGGAAAACAUGGAUUAUAGAGCAAUUCAGCUGAAGAACAACGUUGUCAUGGUGACUCGAGAGUGGGUGUUAGACAGUGUUGCUUCCUAUGAGUGCCAGGAGAUCAGAGCUUACCUUGUGUCCUGAGGAUGCUCUGCAGUUCUUUUCCCAUUGCUCAGAAGCUCUCCUCAGUGCUGGUAGCUUGGGAAUUAUUUUAA